CUUCCAUCUCACAGUCCAAGGGAGGCAUCCUUGCUGUUGCUGCUGCUGCUGCUGCUGCUGUCAUCGACUGCUUCCCUACAAUGCCUUCAGCUCACACUCUGCUUGGACUCCUUGCUGUCUCCAUCUUUCUCUCCCUGACACUGGGUGUCCCAGGCCAGCCAAAGACCAAACUCCAAAAUCCUAAAGGAAAGAGAAAAGGGACGGCAAGGCCAAAAGUUCUUCCCUCAAUGGCUCAGGGACCCUUAGACUUGGUCCAAAGGGUGAAGCUGCCAGGGGAGAAGGUAUUUGCCUUAAUGGAAGAAUAUGAGAGGAGCAUUCAGGAGAUGGUGACCCAGCUGAGGAACAGCUCAGAGCCAUCCAAAGGCAAAUGUGAGGUCAACCUGCAGCUGUGGAUGUCCAACAAGAGGAGCCUGUCCCCAUGGGCAUACAGCCUGAAUCAUGACCCAGCUCGAAUCCCUGUGGACCUCCCUGAGGCCCGCUGCCUUUGCCUGGGCUGUAUCAAUCCCUUCACGAUGCAGGAGGACCGAACCAUGGUGAGCGUUCCUAUUUACAGCCAGAUCCCUGUACGUCGCCAUCUCUGCUCCUUGUUUCCCCGGGCUGGCUGGAGGCAGCAGAAGGCCUGUGCCCCAAGGCGUGUCAUGGAGACUAUCGCUGUGGGCUGCACCUGUAUUUUCUAAGCAGGGCCCAGAGAAUGGCACUCUCUCCUCUCUGAUGACAGACCUACGAUAUUGAAUCACAGCAGGGCUGCCUUUAGCACUGCUGAUCCAACAAUUCAAUUUGAUUCAACAAAUAUUUAUUAAAUGCUUAUUGUAUGUGAAGCCUUAUACUUGGAUAUGAAGAUGGAAGAUGGUAUGGUCUCAUAGGUUUUUGGACAUCACCAACAUGGGAAUUUGUUUUG